AUGGCGCCGACCUCCUCCUCGCUCCCAUGGCGUCGCCGCCCGUCAAGCUCCACCGCCGGCGCCCCGAGCCCUCCGCUCCGUCGCCCCGAGCCUGGACUCGUCAAGCCCCACCGCCGCCUUGCUGCUCUGCUCGGCCCCGACCUCGCCGGCUUCGCGCGCCUGCUCGCGUCCAGCCCCGUGGCCCGAGAGCUGGCCGUCGCGCCGUUCCCCGACCUCCACCAUCCCGCUUCGCGCUCCGCCAUCACCGCGUCCUCCCUCUGCCUCCUCGCGAGCUUCCUCCCGCGCCCCCACUGGAGGCCUACUCCGGCGCCCCUGCCUCGCGAACUUCCUCACCGCCGUCAUCACGCCUCUCCGCCUCCGCGCCGUCUGGAGCCCCCGCUACCACCUCGCCAACCCGCGCCGCUCCUGCCUCGGCCUCCUUCUGCCUCAACGGAGCAGGCCCCCGCGCCCCACGACUUCGUCUACGCCGUCUCCUGCUCCUCGCCCUCUCACCGACGCUCCAAGGCCGGCCUCCUGCAGCCUGUUGUUGCCGGAGCUCCCCACCACCACCACCAUGCGUCGCGCGCCAGCUCCCUCUCGCCGACGCCGCGCGCUCGGACCCCACCGCGCCAGUAG